AAAAAAACAAAAGUCAAAAAAAAAAAAAUCAGAAAGCUCAUUUUAAAAUAUAGUUUUCUUUGUCCUACUUCAAAAGAUUAUGAAUUAGAAUUGGAUGGAGGCUGAGCAAAGGUAUUUAUAAGCUUCACUGGUGAUUCUGAUAAACUGCCAUGUUUAGCAACCUCUGCUAUAGAUUAUACUUAUGUAUAUAAUAAAAGGCUACCCUAAAGUGACGUUCAUUUUGAUUUUUAUUCUUAAGUAAAAAUGUCUUCGUGAAUUCUCUCUGUAUCUGAAAGAUGCCUAAUUUUCAAAAAUCGUAUGCUCAUAAUCUCGGUAUUAUCCUAUAUUUCCUACUGGGAAAUACGGCUUUUUCAUACAUACUAUUUUUUAAAACCUAACUCUAUAUUAAAUGGAUAGAAAAUGCCACUGCUAUUCCUAAAACAAAUAAUGGAUUCCUUGUUUCCAUACUAAACAUUUAAGAGAGUUUGUUCCUAAUGGAAACUCAUUGUUACUGAAUAAAAAUCCUCUUGGGGAAGAAAGAAGUACCUUCAUAUAUGAUCUCCAUUGGGGAUGCAAAUUGUAGAGAAACAGACACCAAAGGAUUUGCAUUUAAUCAAAUCUAAAGCAAGUCAUUUCUGAAGCAUCACUACCGUGUACAGAAGCCUUUCGCAUUAGAAUCAGGCUGACCUUUCCAGGAGACCAGGCUCCCUUAUCAAGGAAAAUACACCAUUCACCAGAAAUCCUACAUUGCCAUCAAGAAAGAAAUUCACCAGAACCAUCCAGAAUGGAAAGUGUCCCAGGAGACUACAGCAAAAGGGUGUAUCAAGGCGUGAGAGUGAAGCACACAGUCAAAGACCUACUGGCAGAAAAACGAUCCAGGCAGACAAGUAACUCAAGAUUUAAUGGCAGCAUCAGCUCGUCCCAGUCUCCGUUUGGCCCCAUGCCAGGCUCCCCGGUGAUGUCAGGUUACUACGGUGUCAGGAGAGCCUUCCUAUCCGACUCCGACUUCCACAGCACUAAGCAGUUUGCAAACGACGCCUGCACCCCAAGCGUGGCGAAGCCCUUUGCCUGCGAGUCCUCGGCAGGGCAGGGCCACCCGGCCCUCCUGGACUCCUACUUCCCGGAGCCCUACGGGGACCACCGCCCUGCGGCCCUGACCCCCAACAGCAGCUCCCUGUUCAGCGCCUCGCCCCUGCCACUCCUGCCACCACCCUUCCCCAGCGACCCCACACCCUUGGUGCUGAGGGACUCGUGGGAGCAGUCAGUGCCCGAAGGCCUCAGCCAGCCAGACCCCACGCCAGCCGACGCCCUGCAGAGCCUGUCUCCCAGCGCGAGCUGCCUCUCCCAGCUAGAGUCAGGGGGGAGCACUGCCCAGCACAGGAGCUCAAGCUGGGGCGCCCCCCUAGCUGGGGUUCAGUCCUACUCACUGCAUGCACUGGAGGAUCUGUACCACACGCAGGGGUACCCCACCCCGUCCCCCUACCCCUUCACCUCUUUCAUGACCAUGUCCAAUGAUCCACCACCCAAGGGGGGGCCCUUCUCCACAGACCAGGGGACAGACACCUCUGCCCUCCCGGACCCUUCUCCAUGGACCAAAGAAGACGGGAGCCUGGCUUGGGGGACCUAUGAGUGCCGCCGAGCUUACUGAGGACACCGGAGGACUUCUGUGCUUCCCUCUCAGUCACUCUCUGCUCUCACUGACCCCUGUGGUGUGGUGGCAGCUCUUUCAGAACUGGAUUUUUAGGAUAAGCCAUCGUGCCACCCUCUGUUACUGGACGAUGGCAUUCAUUUGUGGUCUGCCCACCACAGCCCCACUGAGACACAUGCAAUGUGAAUUCAGGGUACUUACUGGGAACCAUAGUUUAGUCAGACUACCUGACAGUGAGGUGUCUGGGGGAUUUACUAACCCAUUAUGUUCUGAAUCUUCUGUUAUCUUUGAAGUAUCAUUUUUAGCACUGAUAUUUUUUUCUGAAAUUACAUAUUAAAAAUGUUAUGCAGAGCAGAAAACAUACUAAUUUGCCUGUCCAAUUUUUCUUAGUGAUGAACUGUAUGUAUUCUUCAGUAAAAGAGAAUGCAGAUACAUAGAAUAGAUGAGGGCACAUAAAGUAAAAUUCAUUUUAUACCAUGUCACUUUAAUGUAUGAAGCAUUACAUACAUUUUUCUCCUUACAGUGACUCGCAAAUAACACAUUACUAAUAAUAACUUGCAAGUAACAAAUGUGGCACCACAUAUAAAUACCUUAUUGUCUUUGCAAUAGGAUGAGCUUCAGGACAUGAUGAUUUCAUAUGUACAUGGUUUCAACUCUGCCCUAAAGCCAGGAUGUCCAAAAACUAGGCUAACCAAAAAAUAACAAAGACCAAAACCUCUGUUUGCUCAGUCGUAGCCUUAAUUAAGCUAGGCAUUGUAUCUCUGAUGGAAUAAACCGAUAGUGGUUAGAGUGGAUUAAAAUGGACACUCCAUGAUCAGAUAAGAAGCCCCACAUUGUAAGGAAAACACAGAGAGCAGGACAGGGCUGUCAGUAAGAAGCAAUAGACUACAGAACACUGAGAAGCAAAGGGGCUUUGGAGGAGGACAUAUUGUCAGGUGUACACACAACAUCUCCUAAUUGAAGGAAGACCUUGUUAGUGGCUCAUGGGUCAGAAAUGUAUAGCUCUUCCUGUGUAUAAGUGAAGAAACUGAUACCUAAAGCAUUGAUCUGGCUUAGGUAAGUUAGAUUGGUGUAGAUUCCUUUGCCACUUAAGUUCCCACAGUAAUUACCCCAAAACAGUGUGCCUCUCUGCAGGCCACACCCUUCAUAAAUGCCUUGCACACACUUUGACUUCACAAAGCAUGAGUGGAGGCCCACCAUCUUCCUCUUCCUAUCACCCUCCUUUAUUUCCUUCACCACAUUUUUCUGACGCCUAAGAUCCCUCCUGACCUAAUGCCUUUUCCUUCCAUCUUCUGGGGACCCAAAGCCCCUCAAUAAAGUCUCCAUCACAUCCUCUGUGAUAGUAUCCAUGUUCCAGGUAGGAGUCUAGAAAGUCAAAUAUGGAUAUUAGUUCCCACGUAGAAGUGAAUAAUUGAGAUUCCUCCUUUUCCAGGCCUUCAAGGGUAUAUUCUGGUUGAGCAAAAACACUCCUAAUUUGUGGACUCUCACAGAAAUGCUUGAAUAGGAGCCUUCCUUACCCCUGCUCCUGGGAGGGCAUCCUAGAGGAACAGAUCAAGGAGCAUCUGUGGGCCUGGUCCAUAGCUGCUGGGCUGUACUCCCCCCAUCCCCUUGCCUAUUGUCAUAUAACAAUAGUUGUAUAAAUCAUCAAGGUGUGUUCCUAUAACCUGAACUUUGGUGUGCGUAUAGCCCUAUGUGUUAUACAGGCUUAUUUAACUUAGUUUGCUGUUAUCUGCUCACCUAUUAUGUUUACCUUCUCACAACCUGAGGAUGCACUGGCUCUCAGCUAAGUAGAGCUCAGCAACCAGUGGUGUCUACACUCUUCUUAGCGCACCCAAGCCUUUCAGAGUGUCUGGAACAUUUAAUUUGUAAUAAAGGAGACACACACAGGCCCAGACUCUGUCUAGUAUCCAUUUCGGUUCUUUAGUCUAAAGGUUUGGGGAUAGGUGGGGAGUAGGGUGAAUAAUUCCAGAUGGUAAAUAAAUGACUUUUAAGAAUUCUAUUUAGCUUGACAGGGUAUUGCUAUAUUGCAUAUAUUUUAAUUUGAUUCUGUUUUACUGUUCUGGGAAUUUACAUUACUUUCUUAAAAAUUGAAACCAAGCUACAAACUUAUGCCAGGGAAAUUACUUCUAUUUCCCUAUCCCAUUUUCUAUUCAAGUACUCUCCAUUUCCCACCUCACGCCAGGGACUAACUGCACCUUUUCAUAAUAAUGCGUAAUUCCAGCAUAAAAAACCCACAUCCUCCUUUCUUUCUCCUUCCUUAAUCUGCUCUUCUCAGACUCACAACGUUCUUGGGGAAGCCAGGAAACAAUUUAAGAGCUCCGGUUCAAAACACCAUCUCUUUGCAGGUCUCUUAAGUUUUAAAGUCAGCAUAGGUGGUGACGUCAAGUUCAAGCUAAGAAAACUCCCUAGAGGAUAUGUCCAAAAAAAAAAGUGGAAAGCAAAAUUUGCCCAUGCAAAAGCCACAACAUAGGCAAUGGUCCCAAAAAUCACUGGAAAUGAUCAUUACAGGAUGGAGUUGAAACUGUUUGUCUUUCUCUUACAAUGUUAUACAAAACUCAAAAGAAUGAGAGAAGGAAACCACGGCUCAUUUAUUUAGUAACUGCUUUUAAGUAGGCAUAUAAUUUGUCACAGCUCAGUUAAUAAUACAAUAUGAUGAUGCUCCUGCAGUAGGGGAGGACUGCAGUGCUAAAAUAUUCCACCAGAAAUUCUACAAAGGGAAACGUGUUACUAACUCCAAUAGUAAAAGACAUACCAAUGCACGCACACACAUAUAUUUACACAUAUAUAAAGAUAUUGCUAGUAUCUCUGUGAUCCAUUUUAAUAUGUAAUCUAAAUAAUACAUUCAUAAGCAAUAAAACAUGUCAUAUUUAAAGAACUGAAAUCAUAAUUGAUGUCCCAGGUUUAAGUCACAUGACAUUACUGUCAUCCCAUCAACUGCACACCAAAAGUAUAGUCUUCCUUUACAUUCUAUCAUUAGGUUCUACCUAAGGCAUCCUCUCUGUUCAAAACAAUAUUACACAGGUUCAUCUUAGGCACCAUAUCCAAUGCCUAUGGACCCUUAAGAGGUUAAGUGCAAAAUUCUUUCUCUAACUAGACUCGUCAAGUGACAGACUCAUGAAUGUCCCCGUUCUGUGUCCUCAGCACCUGGCUUGGUGCCCAGUAUGUUGUAGGUGCUCAGCAAAUCCUUGUUAAAUUGAGGGAAAAUUAUUCCACAAAAAAGAAAAAUGAUUUAGACCCUGACACUGCAGGUGGUAAUUCUGAGGUAUAGGAAAGUCCUAUGUUUAGUAUGUAACAAAGUCAUACUCUUUACAAAUCCUGACAGUACUAGACAUUGAAAUUUCAUGAUAAUAUAUUUAAGAUGACUGAUUUUAUAUUUUUAAAUGUCUUUAAGAAGGAAAAUCACUGAACCUUUGAAGUAGCACACAAAAAUGUUUAUAUGUUCAUAUAGUAUCUAUGUACACUACAUUGCUAAGAAGUCUUAUAAAUAAAAGUUAUUCGAUGUUUGGUAUUAUCUCUGGUGUGGUUAAAACAAAUCCGAUAAUUAGGUAAGGAACUAGACUUCCUAAAGAUCAAGUUAAAUAAAUAAUAAGAAAACCUAUAAUUAUUUGUAAAUGAUGACACCAUUUAUAUUUGAUUUUUGAUAUAAAAGUAUCCUUUAAUCAUAAUCUCUGAUAAAUAAAAUGUGAGUUUGAAAUA